AUGGUAAAGGACUUAUAUUGCUGGGACAACUGCAGCGUGGUAAACGAGGUGGCGCGACCACAAGGGGCGGAGGGCUACGGCCAGGGUCACUAUACGGGUGGGAAGGCCAUACUGGAUGGCCAGUAUGGCCUCGAUAGCAACAUCCACCAUGAGGACAAAUGGUUCCAGACACGGCCUGCUCCGGGCCACGGCCUGCUACAGACCACGGCCUGCUCCAGACCACAGCCUGCUACAGACCACGGCCUGCUCCAGACCACAGCCUGCUACAGACCACGGCCUGCUCCAGACCACACCCUGCUCCGGGCCACGGCCUGCUACAGACCACAGCCUGCUACAGACCACAGCCUGCUACAGACCACAGUCUGCUACAGACCACAGCCUGCUCCGGGCCACGGCCUGCUACAGACCACAGCCUGCUCCGGGCCACGGCCUGCUACAGACCACAGCCUGCUCCGGGCCACGGCCUGCUACAGACCACAGCCUGCUCCGGGCCACGGCCUGCUACAGACCACAGCCUGCUACAGACCACAGCCUGCUACAGACCACAGUCUGCUACAGACCACAGCCUGCUCCGGGCCACGGCCUGCUCCGGGCCACGGCCUGCUACAGACCACAGCCUGCUCCAGACCACAGCCUGCUCCAGACCACAGCCUGCUCCAGACCACAGCCUGCUCCAGACCACAGCCUGCUCCAGACCACAGCCUGCUACAGACCACAGCCUGCUACAGACCACAGCCUGCUCCAGACCACAGCCUGCUACAGACCACAACCUGCUACAGACCACAGCCUGCUACAGACCACAGCCUGCUACAGACCACAGCCUGCUCCAGACCACAGCCUGCUCCAGACCACAGCCUGCUCCAGACCACAGCCUGCUCCAGACCACAGCCUGCUCCAGACCACAACCUGCUCCAGACCACAACCUGUUCCAGACCACAACCUGCUCCAGACCACAGCCUCCUCCAGACCACAGCCUGCUCCAGACCACAGCCUGCUCCAGACCACAGCCUGCUCCAGACCACAGCCUGCUACAGACCACAGCCUGCUACAGACCACAGCCUGCUACAGACCACAGCCUGCUACAGACCACAGCCUGCUACAGACCACAGCCUGCUACAGACCACAGCCUGCUACAGACCACAGCCUGCUCCAGACCACAGCCUGCUCCAGACCACAGCCUGCUCCAGACCACAGCCUGCUCCAGACCACAGCCUGCUACAGACCACAGCCUGCUCCAGACCACAGCCUGCUCCAGACCACAGCCUGCUCCAGACCACAGCCUGCUCCAGACCACAGCCUGCUCCAGACCACAGCCUGCUACAGACCACAGCCUGCUACAGACCACAGCCUGCUACAGACCACAGCCUGCUACAGACCACAGCCUGCUACAGACCACAGCCUGCUACAGACCACAGCCUGCUACAGACCACAGCCUGCUACAGACCUCAGCCUGCUACAGACCACAGCCUGCUCCAGACCACAGCCUGCCCGAGCCAGGUCAGAGAGCAGGGCCGACCAUAG